AUGAGUGCUAACGAUAAUUGCCAAGAUGGUAAUACAUUGGAUGAAUAGCAUAAACAAUAGAUGAUGUAAUUAGAAACAAUGGGUAUGAUGUGUAAAUAUUAAAUGAUCUUCACUAAAAUGGAUGCAGCAUUAUUGAAAAUAUCAUCUACUUUGCGAUAAAGAUAAAAUAAUGAGAAGGCAUACGCUCUAUUUUAAAUUAAGGAUAGAUCAACAAAUUAAAAGCAUUCUCUAAUGGUAAAUGCAUUAUCGAUAGCGUAAAGAAUGAAGUUGAAGUUAAAUGGAUUAUUUUAUUUUUGUGAAAAGCAUGCUCAAGAGAAUUAGUUUAUAGCGUUUCAUAAAAUUUAAAUAAUUUCAAAAGCCAGAAAUUAGGAACUGAAACUAAAAGAGGAAAACGAGAAGUAAAAGAAAGAAUUUUUAUUCAAAUUAAAUCAGAAGGAUGAAGACAUAGAUAGGCAGAGGAAAAAGAAUGAAGAAUUGGAGGGAAUAUUGUAUUAACAAAAAUAGAGGGAGAGCGAUUGCACAAUUAAACUAUAAUAAAAAAUGAAGUUGAUUCAGAGAUAUGAAAGUGACCUUUUGGAACUAAAACGAUAACCUUCUUCAACAAAGAAUUCUAAUUAAGAAAAUAGAUUGAAAGAAUUAGAAAAUAACAAUGCCAUACUAAGUUUAUAAAUACAACAAAAUUCCUAAUCUUUAAUAAAUUUUGUAAAGGAGAUGAAUGAAUUAUUGGACAGUCAUUCUUUUAUAUUGAAUGAGAAGAACAUUAGCAGCUUUCGUGCAAAAUAUAAAUGA